AUGUUUUUUUUCGCGCGAGUGCGGCUACCGAGCGGCGUCGGCGCCACGACGUAGCCAUCCAUCCAUUCGCUCCUCGCCGGCUCGCGCGCCUGCCGGUCGCCUCACGCCGCCACGCGAUUUUAUAAUUACCAAUGCUUCUAUGUGAAAAUCGUUGCAGGGACCGACUACACGUACAAAAUUAUUCAUAACUGACGGAAGAAGCGACAAGGAUAUUUCAAAAUGGACAAGGAUCACGCUUUAGAGGAGAUGAUGGGGAAAUUGGGGGACUUCGGGCGGUACCAGUGCUUCCAGUUCAUACUGCACAUCCUGGCGGCCAUGACAGCCGGCAUGCACAUGCUUUCGCUCGUCACCGUCGCUGCAGUGCCAGAACACAGGUGCUGGGUUGACGGCGUAGACACAAAUAUCUCCACAGCAUUGUGGAAUUCUACAGAAGUGAUGAGUGCUAUUCCUUCAUUUGACAACAGGCUUCAUAACUGCCUAAUAUUUACGGAUGAACUAAAUAACACUGGGAAAUGCAACAAAUGGGUAUUCGAUACAAAAUAUAGAUCCUCGUCAAGAGCGAUUGAAUGGGAACUGGUUUGUGACAAAAGGUGGAUGGGCGCACUGGCGCAAACGGCCUACAUGCUGGGAGUGUUCACUGGAGCAAUCGUCCUGGGAGGCAUGGCUGAUAAAUUUGGAAGAAAAACUAUAUUCUGCUGGUCUUCGGUACUGCAAUUAAUUCUUGGAGUUUUAGUGGCAUUUAUACCAGAAUAUUGGUCGUUCUUAGUAAUCUCAUAUCUGUAUGGAAUUUUUGGUUCUGCUGGGGCUUAUAUAACGGGUUUCGUAUUAUCUAUGGAGAUAGUAGGGCCUAGCAAACGAACAGCAUGCGGAGUAGCUUUUCAAGCUGCUUUUGCCGUGGGUAUAAUGUUGGUAGCAAUGUGGGGUGCAAUCAUUGAUGAUCGACAAAUUUUACAAGUAAUUUAUGGGUUGCACGGCCUUUUGCUCAUACCGCACAUUUGGAUUAUGGACGAAUCUCCUAGGUGGCUUUGGGCUCAAGGUAGAGCCAAAGAAGCGGUGGAUAUAGUAGAAAAAGCUUUAAAGUGUAAUAAAUUUACUGAGAGACUAGACAAAGCUCAACUUGUGUCCAGAGGUAAAGCCGAGUCAUCUAAAGGAACCGAAGUGCCAGCUGCCCGCACGAUAGAUCUCUUUAAGACCCCAAAUUUAAGAAAGAAGACCCUAAAUGUUUGUCUUUGUUGGUUUGCCAAUUCUUUAGUGUACUAUGGACUUUCAUUGAGCUGCGGUAAAUUAGAAGGCAACCCUUACCUUAUUUUAGCUGUCUUGGGUUUCGUGGAAUUCCCGAGUUAUGGAGCAGUCAUAUAUUUUCUUGAUAUUUGGGGCCGAAGGCCUUUGAUCAGCUCUAUGAUGUUGAUAGGCGGCGCUGCUUGUGUUGUGGCAACCUUUAUACCGGCGGGCAGUAUAAUUUCUACCGUUAUUGUUAUAGUAGGCAAACUGUUUAUAGCAGGAUCUUUUGCUAUUGUGUACAACUAUUCAGCAGAACUAUUCCCUACUGUUGUCCGCAACUCCGCUAUAGGAUUGGGAUCUAUGUGUGCUAGGCUAUCUGGGGCUUUGACGCCACUGAUCACUUUGCUGGAUUCCUUUGACCCGAAAAUUCCCGCUGUUAUAUUUGGAGUAAUAGCUCUGAUAUCAGGAUUCCUAACAUUAUUUUUACCCGAAACCAUGAAUCAACCCAUGCCACAAUCGUUAGCGGAUGGGGAAAAGUUUGGUUUGGGAGACACCUGUUUCACAAGUUGUUUAGGGAAGAAACGAAGAGCUGCAGAUGAAGAUGAUAAAGGGGGUGAAUCAAUGGUACCUCUCCGAGAUAUGAGCAAAGCGUAAAAUACUUCUAUUCACAC